AUGGAGGGGUCUUCAGUUCCUUUCCUCUUCCUCGUCCUGCUGCCGUUCCUAUCUUUCCGCCCCUCCGCCGCCGCCGCUGAUGGCGACGGUCUCGCCUUUGCCGGCCGCCUGCAGUCCGACGAGAUGGGCUUCAUCUCCGCCCUGAUCACCAAGAAGGGCCUGGACUUCGCCAGGGACCUGCUGGUGGAACAGGCGGUGGACGCUCUCAUCCCCCUUCACCUCCGCGACAUUGAGAAGACCUUGAGUGUGCCCUUCGUGGGGAAAGUCUACGUGAAGCUGUCCAGCGUCACGCUCGACCACAUCGAGAUCUCCUCGUCGACCAUCCAACCCGGUCCCUCCGGCGUCGCCAUCGUGGCUUCGGAUGCGACGGCGAAUAUCACCAUGGAGUGGUAUUAUUCGUAUACCACCUGGUUCUUCCCCCUGGAGAUUUCGGACAGCGGGAAUGCCUCCGUUCAGGUAACUGCUCCCACUUUCCCCAAGAGCUCCGAUGAUCCUUGAGGUUUCUCCAAGGGGGUGGUUCUAUGAUCGCCUAGGUUUCCAUAAUUGUCGGAGAUCAGGGCCUCCAUAAUCGAGGGAAGGAAGCAAUCGGGUGCCUUUUUUUUUUCUUCCUGGGGAUGGAGAGGGAGUGAAAAUAAAAAUAAAAUCACUGAUGAUCUUGUCUGGGUAAGAUUGAAGGCAUGGAAAUCGGCCUCACUACGAGGAUGGAGAACCAGGGGGGAACUCUGAAGCUGACGGCGGUCGAAGUAGGCUGUUCCAUGGACGAUCUCUCCAUAACAUUGGAGGGUGGGGCGUCUUGGUUAUAUCAAGGGUAUGAGCACUUCUAUGAUCAUACGUCUGAUGCUCUUCUGUGUUUUCGACCGCCUCUUUCCGUUCUUGGUGGGUAUAAUUCCUCAAAUUUAUUUAUUUAAUUAUUUUUAUGUAUGAUUCUCCACUUUCUCCAGGCUACUAGAUGCGUUUGAAGAACAGAUAAGGGCUUCUGUGGAGACUACGAUCAAGAAGAAGAUCACCCAAGGCAUCUCAAAGUUUGACUCAUUGAUGCAGAGCCUUCCAAAGGAAGUCAAAGUUGACGACAUUGUUUCCUUGAAUGUGACUUUCGUCAACCAGCCUAUACUGGGAAACUCGUCCAUCGAAGUCAACGUCAAUGGCUUAUUCAUUGGGAAUAAUCAGCCUGCGGUUUCAAGGCUAUUGAAAAGGAAUUCUGAGGAACCAGUCUUGUGUGACGGGUUUUCACCGAUGCUCGGGAUCUCAUUGCGUGAAGCUGUCUUCAGCUCUGCAUCCGUAUCAUACUUCGAAGUAAUCCUCUUCUAUUUUGCCAGUAAUUCAUUUAUUCCUGCAGAAAAAACACCCGUUUCUUUUUUCUAGAUCAAAAGAAGAAGGAAAAAAAUCCAGAAAAAUGUAUAUAUUUUUCUUUUUUUGGGUGAUGUUUGGUGGGUUCUUCCAGGGUGGACAGAUGCAUUGGACUGUGGAUAAGGUGUCUGAUCAGUCCCUCUUGAACACUGCUGGAUGGAGAUUCAUCAUCCCUCAGCUGUACAAGAAGUACCCAAAUGAUGAUAUGAAGCUUAACAUCGUAUUAACCGGCCCACCUACCCUGAAGAUCUCAAGGGAGAGGUUUGAUGCUUCCAUUCUCGCAGACAUGACUGUUGAUGUCUUGGAGGCCGAUGGGGAGGUCUCUGUGGCAUGCAUUUCCGUGGUAAGCUUCAUCAGCCCCAUCUCGUUCGGUUCUUGAUUUUAUUUUAUUUUUUCUUUGAUUGGGUGUGAGAGCUUGGUGUCCUUCAUAGUAUUAACAGAGGAGAUUAAGGAUCAGGGCAUUGGGUUACUUCCUGCUCUGAAGGAGUUGUCGAUUAUUAAGUGAAGUAAUGCAGUGGCAAGGAAAUCAAACGAGAAAAUCGAAGAAGCUGCUGAUUAUGAAACAAGAGGGAAAUGAACAUCUAGUGGACAGGAGCUACCUGCAGUAUCAUCAGGGUUUGGAAUGGAUUUUGAGCUGAUUAUUUAAGAGUAAAUGGAGUAGAAAAAUCCACACGUGACACUAAUCCUGGUUGAAAGUCCCUGACAAAGCAGAUGAUGUACUUGAUGGUGAUUUCUGGAAGACAAUGAGAUGUAGGCGGUGAUAUUAUAAUCCUAAGAACAGCAUAAUCAGUAGCCAAUAUGUUAGUGAAAGUAAGUAAUGGAUAAAUAAUGAGAGAGGAAAUGGAGUAGAAAAAUCCACACAUGACGCUAAUCCUGGUUGAAAAUCCCUGGCAAAGCUGAUGAUGUACUUGAUGCUGAUUUCUGGAAGAAAAUGAGAUGUAGGUGGUGAUAUUAUAAUCCCAAGAGCAGCAUAAUCAGUAGCCAAUAUGUAGUGAAAAUAAGUAAAUCUCAGUUGAUCUAGGGUCUGAUUCGGGCCCAUGUAGGAGGCCUAGAACCCCAGAGGCAAUGAGAAAGAGGGGGGUUUUUCUGUGUCAGGGUUUCUUGAUUAGGGUUUUGAUUCUGGAUUUUCUCUAUGCUUCAUUGAUCCUCAAUACAAGUAAUGAAGUUACUUUGGAUCUUCCAUGGCCUUGGUGAGGUUUCUCUUCUUCUUUCAUGUUAUAAACAGGCGCAUGUGGUCCUUGGUGCAGAUCGUCUCCGCCUCAGGAGUUCCAGAGAUUUCAGGGAAUAAUCUCGGUGGUAGGAUAGAGAUUGAUGAUUUCACUCUCACCUUGAAGUGGAGCAAUAUCGGAAACUUCCACAUGUAUCUAAUUCAGGUACAUUCUUCCUUCAUUAAAUUGUUUAUACUCUCUUCUUUAGAGCUUGAAACCAUAAAGUUCGGUCCACUGAUAUCAUAUUAGUUCAUGUGCACAUGAAUAACAUGAUGCAUAUACGAUCUCAUCAUUCUGAAUCAUAAUAAUAACCAAUAACAAUGGCGAUCAAGAGGUUUAGUUCAAUCAUAGCUUGUGGAUAUUUGGCAAAAUAAAAAAUCACUACCAGUACAAGAUAAUUUUAAAAAAAAUAAAUCAGAACUCCAUCAUCCACUUAGUCUUCGUGAGGCUGUUGAACCUUUGAUCUGAACUAUGGAGCUCGCAACUCACUAACAUGUUCUAAUUGUCUUCUGGCAGGGGGUGAUGCGAGUUUUCUUGAACAAUGUGGUUGUCCCCUACGUGAACUCUCGUCUCCGGGUGGGAUUCCCGCUGCCAAUCAUCCAUGGGUUUACACUUCAAAAUGCAAAUAUAAUCUCUUCGGAUUCUAGAAUUGAUGUAUGUACAGACUUGGUAUAUACCAGCUCAGAAGGCAUCUACCCCAUUUAG